AUGUUAAAUAAUAUUGGAUAUCUGGCAUAUAUAUCAAUAAUGGGAAUUUUGUUAUUAAUUAGUCCAUCUUCUUUUAUAAAGAUAACGAAUAGAGAUUAAGAAUAAUCAUUAUUUAAUACAUAGUUAUCAUCAUUGCUCUAAACAGAAUCAGUAAUAAAGUAAUAAAGCUUUAUAGGGUUUAAGAAUAUGUGGUUUUUAUCAUCUAAUAUUAUUGUUUGCAUAAAUAAGUAAAUAAGAAAGAGUGAAAUUUAUUUGUUUAAAUAUAUAUGCAUUAUUUUUAAUAUCAAGAAUAGAUAGUUUAUGUAUUGAUGGAGUUGGAUAAAUUUAAUCUGAAAGAUUAGAGAGGUAGAUUAAAAAUAUGAAAUUAGAUUGGGAUUUUAUGCGAAUNAUGAUCAAAUAAUGAAAGAUUAAACAAUAAUAGAAAAAAAAUAGAGAAAAAAUAAGGAAAUGAAAUAAAAAUUGGAUAGAGAAUUGAUAAAAAAAAUAAAAUAAGAUUAAGGGAUAAAGUUUUAAAAAUACUUUUUGAUUAGACCUAAAAACUUUGUCAAUAUUUAAAGUAUUUUCUGUUUACAUGAUGGAAUAAAUAAUUAUUUAAAACAUUCACUUAUAUUUGAUAACUAAUAAAAUCUAUAAUGUAAAUGUGGAAGGGAAUUUGAUGUAUAUACUUGCGAUACUUUAAUAAUAGAUAAAGAUUUUAGAGAUAUUAUUGAUUUUAUAAUUUAAGAAAUGAUUGCAGAUAAGUAUUUAGAUUAUAGAAUAUUUUUAAUACCACUUUUUUUAGAAAUUGAGAUAGAUUAAUAUAAAAAUUAAUUUAUUGUUAUAUUUUUUAGAGAUAAAUAUAAUAAUAAAGUACCAUUGAAAAGGUUUUUAUUUAAGGCAAAAAAUUAUAAUUAUGAUAUAAACUGUAUAUUAGAGAAAGAAGGUGAUUAGGAUGAUUUAUUUGAAGGAGAGGAUAUUACAGAUUAUUCAGUUAUUGAGGAUGAUGUUAUUAUUGAUUAUUGA